UCAGAUUGGCAAACACGUGAUGGUGAAAGGAGUUUCGAACCCAGAAAAGCUCGUUGAGAAAAUAGUAUCUAGUUUAAAUGAUUUAUCAGGCAAAGGACCGUCCCAAGAUCCAGAGGGUACAAGCUCAAAACCGAAUCACGAACUAUGUAUUAGGGAAAUACAAGAAAAACAUUUGUGGCAUUUCAGUAUUUGUCCAAUCGUGUUAGCUCACAUCGUUUGGCUUUGGUACAAGGGAAAGCUUUCGACAGAUAUGAAGCGUUCUGAUCUAUAUGGAACGUUGCUGAAGGAACGAUGGUCUGAAUCGUGCGACAAGAGAAACUCAUCUUCUAGAUCCAAAUACAGGGAUAUUAUAUCCACCCUGAGCGAAAUAGCAUUUGCAAAGUUAUUUGCUGAAGAUGAAAAUCAUACAAUUGUAUUUGAAAUAGAUGAGGAGAAGAAUGUGACCUUCGAGAGUCAAAAGACCGCAUCUCUUGAAUCUGGCAUCAUAUCCAGGACCAAUGUUCCAGGUGAAUCUCCGCAAUAUUACUUCUUGCACAAAACUGUUCAAGAGUACCUAGCAGCGCUUUGUAUAUCAAAAGACAUUUUAAGGUGUUGUUUGCAUAUCAAAAUCACAUACCAAAACCAAAGAAGAGAAAGCGGAACAAGCUUGUCCGAAGUUUUUCAUUUCCUCUGUGGUAUGAAUUCCAAAGCUGCUGAAGAACUUUCGAAAACGAUGAACGAGCUAUUCACGGACUUUUGCGAUAGAGAGGGUUAUUCUUCCAUGGCAGUGAAAAUUCAUCAGAAUGAAAUCAUACAAGGUCAAAGGGAGCUAGAAAGGGGCGACAACACUGGGAGUGAAUUGUGUUUGCAGCACAUCUAUAUACAUAAUUUCGACGAAUGUGUAAGAGGUGAUAAGAAAGCAACUGCCCUAGAACGAUAUUAUAAGACAAACCAAUCAUCGGUUAUAUCACUUCAUAUAAGACAAGGGAACACCAAACAAGCAUUACAUUUAGGGAAGAAAAGCGACAAAAAUGUUCUUAAUUUAAGGAAAUUCAAGGGUCUGAAGUACUUACAUGUAGACGAUACAUCUUUCAAAGAUAUCAAGGGUUUGAAUUUGAAUCAUUUAGUAGAAUGCAGUAUCAACUUCAGAACUCCCCAGCAAGCUCCGAGACUCACAUCUACAUUUUAUAAAUCUGACAUCAAAUGUUUGAAUAGAAUAAAAACACUUGAAUUGUCAAAUUUGACAGACUUGAACUGGCUAAAAGAGGGGUCAGAACGCGAGGGAAUUAUUGAUAUGCGACGCCUUGCAAACCUUGAACACCUUACUAAACUUAAAUUAGAAAAGCUGCCUCACUCAGACGUGGUGAAUCUGCACGAGUUGAGACUACACACGCUUACAAUAUCAUUCUAUGAGCUACAACAAGCACCACAGCUUAUGUCAACGUUAUCAGCACUUGGAACAUGCCAGAAUGAACGGGAAGGAAUUUUCUCUCACCUGAAGGUCGUACACUUGAAACAUAUCCGCAUGCCAGAGGAGCAGUUCAGUCGACUAUCACAGUCUUUCAUAAAAGCGGGAGGUACUUCAUUGGAUUUGGAGUACUGUUCCAUAGAACAGGAAGAUGAUGUACCGCAGCUUCAGAAUGAAUGCGAGCAUCAGAUAGUAUCAUAUGACUGCAAACCAAGCAUUGAACUUUUGGAAGUGACAAUCACAGUAGAGGAGUUUAUUCGUCUUAUUGACCACGUGACCAGAUGCGGUCAAUCCGUGAAAUGUACCUUGUACGUCACAACCCUGGAAUCAAACCAUGCUGUUGAACAACCAGCCUUUCCGAUAUUGGUUCCACAGCCUAUAUCAGCUGAUUAUACCACGGUGUUGGAACUAUCUGGUAAUAAGAUGUGUACAGAACAAAUUUGUCAAAUCGUCGGUAGGAUAAAUCAACUCAACCAUUCAGUAACAUUAGCAUUAUCGUUUUGUACCGAAAUAUCAGACGAGUACAAUCCGCUGAGGAAUCAGAUGGUGCCUCCACCAAACCCGUCACAGGACUGUACCAAGCAUAUUGAGAUCAAGUACAUGAAUAUAUCGGAGCCAUUGUUUUGGUAUGUUGCUACCAGUGCCAUUUAUCGUGGAUACACGUGUGAGAUAUCAUUAUGUGAUAUACUGCCCAGUAAAGUACCGAGUGAAGACAACCUUUACUUACCUCAGAUGGCUCCCAUCCACUCACCUGCUCAUACAGCAAAACUCAGAUUUAAUAUCGUAUCAAUACCACAUGACGUAGUUGAGCGUCUCGCCUGCCAAGCGGCAAUAUCUGCACAUGUGGUUGAGUGUGUGUUAGACAAGUGUUAUGUAGGGCCUCCUCCGGAUGUCUGGUCAUUGAAGGAAAAGAUGGAGGAAGACCCUGCCAUUCAGAUCGAGAAAUUCAAGUUUGAACCAAACAGCGACAACCCUAACAGCUUGUGGCCCGAAAGUUAUAAGGCGGACAAAACAUGGGACAUUCGUUUUAAAGCAAAGGCAAAGAAGUCUGCACUCGCAGAGUCCACUGCAGAGAAGCCCGAAGUUACGGAAUAAACACGCAUGUAGAACGGACGUCGAAAUGAUUGACAACGUGCGAUCACCACGGAGAGUUCAUUCAUGCUAAGUGUUAUUAGAAUGUUUUACACAAUUUGUGCCUGCAUGGAGACUUAGAGUUCAAUAAGGCAAAGUGUAACAAAAAAAUUGGCACAAUUGGUGCCUUAAAUGGGGAUACUAGAGUACACUCAUGCAAAGUGUAAGAAAAACAAUGUACACAAUUUGUGAGACUGAAAUGUAUUGGGAAUUGCUUUUGUAGAUACUUAAAUUACAAAUUCAUUUUAGCAUAAAUUUCUGUAAAUACUCUCUUCAUUUGAUAGUUCUUUUCACAAGGUAUAGACUUGUCCCU